CGCAGACUCCCGCCUAGAGUAGGCCGCAGCACCAGUACGCAUGCGUAGACUUCUGCCUAGUGAAGUCCUCGCCGCCAUCUUUGUGUUUGGUAACAGGGACGUGUGCCCUCACCUUGCUAAUACAUCCACUAUAAAACACAGCCCUUGGAAGGGAAGAAGACACUGGGUGCUAGCAAAAGGUGUCAGGCAAGGGUGUACGAUGCCAAGUGAUGCCAUGCAAAGAGGUGCCAUGCAAGUGGGUGCACCACAAAGGCAGCGGGUGUCAGCUCUGCUAGUCUCAGCCAUGUCCUUCACUGCCUGCAGCCUAAUAGGGCUGGGGGGGGCAGGUCAUAGAAUAGAAUGUCUUAGAUUUGGAGAGGACCUGAAGGAUAAUCCAGUUUCACACCCCUUCACUGGGCAGGGUUGCCAACCGCUGGGUCAGGCUGCCCAGGAUUCUGCCCAGCCUGGCCUUGAGUGCCUCCAGAGAUGUGGCAUCCCCAAUUUCUGGUGUUCCAGCACCUCGCUGCCCUCUGAGUAAAAUAUUUCUCCUUAACACCUAACCUGAAAUGUCGUGGUGAUUCCAAACUCUCCUUUCCCUCCCCUGAGGCUUGCCCAGCCCUGCCAUGGUACCCUCUCCAAUGCAGCUGCCCUAUGCCUGGGUGCAGGGGUUUGAAGGGUGCCAGUGCUCCCUGCCCUGCCUGGUGCUUGGCCCUCCCAUGUCCCCCCCGGCUGUAACCGCAGAGGUAACCCAAUGCCUUCAUGUGCCCCCCCGCGUCGUGCUGUGGGCCAGAAGCAGUGAGACAAGGAACAGACAGGGCUGGUGGUGAGCUGGACCCAUAGCAGCAGCAGCAAAGCCCUCAAAGCUGCCACUACCAUCUGCAACAGUCACAUCCCCACAGCCUGACCCCAGCAAGCAGACGAGGUUUUCAGACACGACCAUCGGGUGUCCAGGUGCCACGGGACUGCAGUUACCAUGAAGAGCUUGAAGGCCAAGUUCAGGAAGGCAGAUAGUCAGGACUGGACCAAGAAUGAUGAGAAGCUCCUGCAAGCUGUGGACUACAACGAUGCUGGAAAGGUGGCAUCCCUCCUCGUCCGCAAGGGGCUGGUCCCCACCAAGCUGGAUUCUGAGGGCAAAUCUGCGUUUCAUCUGGCUGCCACACGGGGGAAUGCAGACUGCCUUGAAGCCAUGCUAGCUCAUGGCGUGGAUGCCAUGACCAAAGACAGCUCGGGUUACACUGCCCUGCACCUGGCAUCCAAGCACGGCCACCCACAAUGUGUCAGCAAGCUGCUGCAGGCUUCCUGCCCUGUGGAUGUAGCUGACAGCAGUGGCCAGACGGCGCUGCACCAUGCAGCAAUCAGCGGCUGCAUACCGUGCUCAGAGAUCCUCUGUGAUUACAAAGCUCCCCUGAACAUUAGGGAUAAGAGUGGCUGCACGCCGUUGAUCCUUGCUGCUAAGAUGAGCCACUCAGAGCUCUGCCAGUACCUCCUGCAUCGUGGAGCAGCCAUCAACAGCCGUGACCUGCAGGGGAAGACAGCCCUGAUGCUGGCUUGUGAGAAUGGCAGCGUGGAGACGGUGGAGGUGCUCAUCAAUGCUGGUGCACGGGUGGCCUUGGUGGAUUCGAUGGGCCACGAUGCUGCACACUAUGGCCUGUCCACAGGCAAUGCUCUCAUCCAGCAUUUCCUGCAAGAGGCUGCUCAACGCCAGUCCUGGGCCAGUGAAGAGGAGUCAUCUGAGCAGAUGUCCCAGACAUCUUCACCCAGCCAGUCAGCAGGCAGGGAGAAAAGCAACACUCCGAGGAAGAGGAAAGCUCCCCUGCCUCCCCCAGGUACCCCAGGCCAGGAGGACCAGGAUGCUUACGAGGAGAUUGUGAGGCUGCGGCAGGAGAGGGCACAGUUCUUGCAGAAAAUCCGGGGCUUGGAGCAGCAGGAGAAGGAGAGAAGAGGUACUGAUGAGGCACAAUUUCAUGGAGAAGAUGCCACCCCAUCACCAGGGAUGGGAGGGAUGAGGACAGCGUUUAUCUUUCCCUGUUGUCUCCUUGUGUUUUGCCAGCAGGCAGAGCUGGAUAAGGGCUCCCUACGCUCCAUGGAGAAGCAGAUCCAAGAGCUGGAGGAGCGGCUGGCAGCACGGGAAAGAGAGAAGGAGCGGCUGGGGAAGGAAGUGGAGGCUCUGCAGAGCCGCUUGUCCUCACUGGAGAAUGAGAAGGAAAACACCAGCUACGACAUUGAGACACUGCAGGACGAGGAGGGAGAGCUGCUCGAGUUCCCAGGGGCAGAGCUGCUGCUCUCCAAGAAGACUCUGAGCCCUUCGGCUGAAGAGCUGCUGGCCACGCUGCAGGGUCAGGUGCAAUCCCUCACCAUGCAGAACAAGGAGCUGAGGGAGAAGAUACAGGUCCUGGAGAACUUCGAGCGGGAUGAGAGCGACCCAUCUUCCCCUGGGGACUUUGUGCCUGCCAGCCUCUACAACUCCCUCAAGCGUGAGCUGGAGAGGCUGCAGGCUCAGGGUGCUGAGCGUGGGAAGCAGAGCCCUGCAACAGAGCCAAGUGGAAAAGGCAGCAAGGAGCAGCGGUGCGCUGAGCAACAGGUCCAGAGCCGCUGUGAGAUGCGGGUGCCACUCCAGCAGUCUCACUCCAGCCGUGAGCAGGAGCAUGGCACUGAGCUGGCUGAGGCUCGGAUGGCCCUGAAACAGGCGCAAGCAGCACUGGAGGAGCGAGAGCAGCAGGUGAGGGAGCUGCAGGGCCGUUUGGAGGCUGGUGGUGCCCAAGAGGAGGCACUGCGGGAGAAGGCAGCCCUGCUGGAGCGCUGCAGCCGAGCAGAAGCAGUGGCGGAAGCGAUGAGAUGUGAGAUGGAAGCCAAGACGCAGAGCUGGCGGGCAGGCAAUGCACCCAACGUAGAGCCAGGAGUGGCAGAGCAGCGCAUGGCCGAGCUGACAAGGCAGCAUGGGGAGCUGACAACCCAGCUGGGGCAGCUACAAGAAGUGCUGGGCCGCAGGGAGGCCGAGCUGGAAACCCUGCGAGAGCAGCUGGCAGCCCGGCCAGUGGGACGGAAGGAGCACGAGGAGGUGCUGGCCCGGCUGCAGCAGGCACAGAGGGAAGCCAAGGGUCAGGUAUCACUGGAGGAGCACGCUCGGGCCACAGCGGCGCUGCAGGAGCAGCUGCAGGCGCUGCAGCAGAGGGCAGAUCGGCUGCAAGCUGUGGCAGAAGCCAAAGGACACGAGGCUGCGAGGCUGCAGGCUGAGCUGGCGACGGCGGUGCCGCGUGGGGAGCACGAGGAGGUGCAGGAGGGGUUGAGGGCUGAGGCGGCGGCGUUGAGCCAGAGGUUGAAUGAGCUGUCGCGACGGCACGAGAAGACGUGCGAGGAGGUGUUCAAGGUGCAAAGGCAGGCGUUGUUCAUGAAGAGUGAGAGGCAGGCGGCCGAGGAGAGGCUGGCCGCGGUGCAGAAGCAGUUGGCUGAAGCACGAGAUGAAACACGGCGCUUGCAGGACCUCCACGGCCAUGCAGAGGACUCAGCUCGGUUGGUCAGGGACAGGGAUAGGAAGAUCACUGAGCUUUCCAAGGAGGUCUUCAGGCUGAAGGAGGCCCUGAAUGCUCUCCCAGAAUCCAAGGGAGUGCUGCAGACCCCCCCCGACACUGCUGCCAUGCAGUCCAGGAUCCAGGCACUGGAGGAAAAGCUGGCGGAAAUGGAGCUGCAGCACAGCAAGGUGGUCAAGCUGUACCGGAGCCACCUGCUCUAUGCAGUGCAAGGCCACAUGGAUGAGGACGUGCAGAGGCUGCUGUGCCAGAUCUUGAAGAUGCAGAGGAUGCAGGAGCAGGGCAGAUGAAUCCCCACCAGCAAGGCAGUACCACAGGGACCACGGGCACAGCCAGUAACCUGGCCGGGGGGAGGGGUGAGGGGGUCAGGCCCACGUUCACACCCUCACAGCCCCUUUGCUUCUCUGGGCAGCAUCCUGGUACUGGCACACACAUCUCCAUCACUCACCUGGCACUGGGGGUCCUGUGCUAAGCCCCCACACUGCUGCACGCACCCCAGCACAGUAGCAAUAAAGUAUUUCUAUUCACAGCAACUGGAUGGUUUGUCUCUGGGGGGGGGGGGGGGGAAGAUGGGAACAUGGGUGAUGUAGAACGCAGUGCUGGAAAUGAAGAUGCUGGGGAUUUAAUGCCAUAAUCUCCUUCAGCCUCGGUGCCCCCAGAGGGGAGCAGGCGACCACAAAAGAAGCAGUGGGAUGGGAAGGGACAAAAUCCUUUUAGACAGAGACAGAAAAACUGCUUCCCUGGGGCCAGGUGCAGUGAUGAGCAGUGAUCCCUGUGAGGUUAAACUGGCCUGCAAGUCUCCACUUUCUGUGUCAACACCUCCAUCCCAAAGGCUGCCAGCUUCCAAGGUGUGACCACACCUCACCGAGCAUGAACUCAGGAGUCGAUUUUACACCAGUGACAACAGAAAUAUGAUGAGAGUCACUCAAGCUCUAGCUGAAAGCAAGAAAAUAGUAUAAAAACGGCAUCAGGGAGGAGGAAUUAAUGGAAGGUGGCAUUGCAGACACGCUGGUAGUUCGUUGCUGACUUCUGGGAUCGGUCAAUGGGCUGAACCGCUCCCAUCCAUAGGAACGUGGCAGUCUGCUAAACGCUGCUGCCCCCUGCAGGACAAACAGCGCUACUGCAGGCACAGCACGGAGCCAAGGGCUCACCGCUGCCGCCUGCCGUCAAUACUCGGUAAUGCAGACGUUGAUUCGCGCAUGCGCAGUAUCACCGAAACGCUCUGCACUCCCGUGACGCCUCUCUCUAUGGUAGUAGGUCCUCCCGAGCUUGCUGCGCAUGUGCGGAAGUAGAGUCGCUUCGUUUUAACCGCUCUGCGCCGCCAGGCCACCAAUCUCUAUGCUCUUUGGUCCUCCAGGCAGCACAACGCACGCUCCCGAAGACGUAAAAGCGACAUCUAUUCCUUGUAACUACUUGACGAGUAGAUGAACAGUCCACUCGCGGACAUUCCUCAAUCCAUUCCGCGAUGUCUCUUGUUUAUUUCCACGUUUUUUACCACAGGGGACGGACCGCUUUGUCACCCAGCUGCCCCUCAGAGCGUCGCGGCACCCGAUUGGCUCAUCGCGUCACCUGACCGACAGUUACCCGCCCCAGCAUCGCGCAUGCGUAUUAACCCUGCGUCACUCGCUGCUGCCAUCUAGCGACCAAAAUGCGGUACUGCAGGCGCUGCCCCACGCACGUGCGGUAGCGCAGAGGCUGCCGUGCGAUGCGUGGGAAACAACCACGCCGUUUGGACGUCGGGCUGCUUGGAAAAAAGCGUUUUCUUUACAUUUUGCUAGGAAUUAUUCGUGUUCUGGGUAGGAUAAGCUGGAUCUGAGGCACAGUGAACAGAGCCAAAGCAUCCAGCUGGACACUUUGAGUCCCUUCAUGCAUGAUCCAGUUGGUUGAAGAGUCAGGCUCAAAGCUUUGUAGCACCCAGGGAAACACAAAAGGUGAAAAUCUGCAUUCCUGCAUUGCUGACAGGGAUACGUCGAGAGGAGCCCACUGGCAUUAAGCAAGCAUUUGCACAGAAGCAGCCGUGGGACCUCUUCAGAUCCACCGUGGAGUCACCUAGGAGCUGCUGAACACGUGGAUUUCUUACCUGUCUCCUACAGCCGAGCUUCGUGGUAUCGAAGUGCUUCGCGAUCCCGGCCACGUCGCUAAAUCUGCCGGUAUGCAGCCACGUGCUAUAUUGCAUUGAGAAGGCAGCACUGCGCAUGCUCGCCACAGAGGCGCUACCGCGCAUGCGCGGGGCUAUGCCUGCAGUACCACCUGAUGUCCAGUAGGGGGCGGCAGAGAGCCGCAGCGCUCCGGGAAGAUGCGAAAACCGCUGGAAAAAGGAUCGAGAUAAGAGCAUCAUUUUAAAGUGAUACGGGAAAAACAACAGCUGAUCACCUGCCGAUCGUUGUCCAGAUGCUGCUCAGCAACAGAAAGCCAACAAUGCACUCAAACCAUCUUCAGGGUGCCCGCUUUUCCCCUGGAGACCAGCCUGGUCUGAGCAAUUCUCUGUCAUUUUGCUUCCUUAAUGAGUAGAAUUGCUCCUGGAGCUGUAACAUCAACCAUAAUCCCAUCUGUCUCUGUGAAGAGAAUCUGUUUUGGUGUCAGAGCGGUCCGGCCCUGCGUGGUGCUGCAGGUAACUCCCAUAACUAUGGGCUGUAGCAUCUGGAAAGCUGUAGCUGGAAGGGUCUCAGCCCAAGGCUGACCUGCUCAGGGGAAGGCAAAGCCUUUGUAGGACCCUACAGCAUGGAAGCAGAUUGCAUCUUAACCCUACAAUAACAUUAAUCAUCACCCCGAUCACCCUAACGAUAAUUGUCAUAGCCCUAAAAAUCCACUAAAAACAAGCCAGGAAAGUCAUCAUAAGAGUAACACCAACAGUAAUUUCAACCCUAAAGAGAACUCUAACGAAAUGCUAAUCAUAAUUGCCAUUACUCUAUAAAUUACUGUAUUAACCCUAAUAAUAGCCCAAACCUCUAAUAAUCCUGACCACGCUGCCACUGUAACCAAUGCAAGACCUGCAAGGGCACUUCUGUGGCUCCUGGUGAAAGCAGCAAGAAACAGAAAGCUGCAUUUCCUGGGAUGCUCUGGCAUCAGCCUUGCUGACUGACUGCUAAUUGCUCAAAUAGAUAAGGGCAAUACACACACUCAGAUGUAA